GAACAAAAAAAAAUCUCUUUUAACAGUACACAACCAUCCAUGGCAUCUUCAUUACCACUGAGUUUCCACAUCAUCCACAACAACAACAACAAUACACCAAAACCCCUCUCUCUUUCACAGUAUAUUUCAAAUACUUCAUUUCUCUCAGCACACUCCUCCUCAACAUCAUUGGUAUCUCAUCAUAUUUGUUAUAGUAACUUGCCGGAAAGGGAGGAAUCGCGAUGGUUAAGGGAGGAGCAACGGUGGUUGAGGGAGGAACAACGCUGGUUAAGAGAAGAGAGACGCUGGGAAGAAGAACGAGAAGCUUUGUUGCUUCAAAUUAAGGAAUUAAAGCUACGUUUAAAGGAGAUUGAGAAUAAUAAUAAUCUUCUUCCAGAAGCUUCUUCUUCUGUAUCUGACACUGUUGCUAAUAUUGCUAAGUUAUUGCAGCUGCUGAAGGAGGGUGAGCUGGGAAAGAAUGUACAUGUGAUUGCAGAAAGUGGGUCGAUUGCUUUGCCAUUAGUUUUAGAAGCAGCAAAGCAAAAUGAGGUUAUUGUCAAGGAAGAACCACAAGAGGAGAAGGUGAUAAGGGAAGUCCCUAAAGAAUCAAAAGGAGAGGGUAAAGAAGUCAAGAAGAGAAAGACUUUGAAAAAGGGAUCUGAAGGAGAUGAAGUUCGACUGUUGCAGGAACAAUUGUUAAAAUUGGGCUUUUAUUGUGGCGAGGAAGAUGAGGAAUUCUCCAUCUUCUCUAGUGGGACAGAGCGUGCUGUGAAAACUUGGCAGUCUUCAUGUGGUAUCCGAGAAGAUGGCAUUAUGACUUCUGAACUUCUUGAAAAAUUAUAUAUGGUGCAAAAGAUUGACGGGGUGAAGGAAAAUCCCAAACAACCAGAUGUAGCUGAAGCAAAGGCUAGGGCAAAUGGUGCUCCAGUUGCAACUAUCAUGGAAAUAGAGGAAGUUCAGCAGACAACUGUGAAAGAAGAUGGUGUGUCUGAAACUGAGGUGUCCCACCAUCGAGUCUUUCUCCUCGGAGAGAACCGAUGGGAAGAACCUUCCAGACUUACCGCAAGUAAGAAACAGGCGAAGACUACUAGUGGCAGUACCACCACGAAGUGUCUUACUUGUCGUGGAGAGGGCCGCUUGUUAUGCAUGGAAUGUGAUGGGACUGGUGAGCCAAACAUUGAGGAACAGUUUAUGGAAUGGAUAGAUGAAGGAAUGAAGUGUCCCUAUUGUGAAGGCCAUGGAUUCAUAACUUGCGAUGUUUGUGAAGGCAAAAAGAUAAUGCAAGCGUAGUGGAUAUAUGUGCAGUUGUAUAUUAAUCCCAGAACUUUUGAUUUUUCACCUUUGAUAUUAGAUAGACCAGAGGUAAAUUGUAUACAUGGAUAUUUGAGAGAGGCCAGAAAGAAAAAAAUUUGACAAAUUUCAUUUUG